CAAAAGGAGAGGAACAUUUCCAGGACGGGCGAGAGAGGAAGAAAUCAAAAGUGAAACUAAUAGUGCCAAAAGGGGUGGUCCUUCAAACUGCUGUAUGAGAGGAGAAGCCAUUAUCUAUUUGUCACAGCGCAUAUCACGGCAUGCUGGGUCUUUCAGACUGCAACUGAAGUCUUGGUUCAGGUAAAACACAGAAGAAAUGAUGGAGGGAAAUAGAUGCUGAGACUUGAAAUGACAUGGAGACAAACAUUUUGGACCUGAAGAUGAAAGAGUACUUGGGGUGUUCCUCUGUGCUGCUCCCAGCCUUUGGAUGAUGGCACAAUUCCUGCCACUGAAACAAGGUUUUCUGAUCUGUUACGAGAGCGUGUCUUUUGGAAGGAAUUUGUACGCCUCAUUCUGUCAAAGGGAUUGUUCUGGCACUCCUCCAGCCUGUCCUCCCAUAUCCAAAUCCUGAUGUGAAAUGAGUAGAGACUUCCGCAAACUGCUUUUUGAAGUUUCUGAGGCUUUGGUCACAGAUGAACUGUCAGCUCUUAAGUUCCUCAGCCUGGAACAUGUUCCCAGGAGGAAGCUGGAAGCCAUCCAGGAGCCCAAGGCCUUCUUCGAAGUGCUGCAGGAGAAAGACAUGAUCGGAGUGGGGAACCUGUCCCUCCUGAAGGAGCUGCUCUACCGCAUCGGUCGGAUCGACCUCCUGACUGCCCACCUGGGCUCCAGCCGGGAGGAGAUGGAGAGAGAGCUGCAGCUCCCGGGCAGGGCACAGGUGUCAGCUUACAGGCAACUGCUAUAUGGAAUUGCAGAGGACUUGACUCCAGAAGAUGUCAGAAGUGUGAAGUUCCUGCUCCAAAAACAAUUACCAAAGAACAAGCUCCAGGAAAAUGCUUCAAUGUUGCAGGUCUUUCUGGAAAUGGAAAUAAAUGGGAUAAUUAAAGAAGAUAACCUGACAAUGCUGAAAGAUAUAUUACAGGGAUUUAGAGCUGACUUAAAGAAAAAAAUUGAUGCCUAUGAAGAAAAAAGAAAAGAAAAUUAUUCUAGAGAAGAAGUCCGCUAUCCUGUGUCUGUGUCUGCGCAUCCAGAGGAGCAAAGAGCAGAGGGGGAGGCACCACACCCGUAUGGGAAAAUAUAUAAGAUGAAAAAUAACCCCCAUGGUUACUGUUUGAUUCUUAACAACCACAUUUUUAAAAAUCCACGUUACAAUAGAGAGGGAACAUUGCAAGAUGGAGAGGCUGUGAAGGAGGUCUUUAAGUGGCUUCAGUUUGAGACAGUUGAGUACAUGGAUCUAGAAGGAAAAAAACUAAAAGACACAGUUAAAGAAUACAGCAAAAAAGAUCAUAGAAAUAUGGACUGUUUUGUUUGCUUCAUUUUGUCCCAUGGUGAAAAAGACAAAAUCAAAGGCGUUGAUGAUGUGUGUGUAAAUAUUGAAGAUUUAGUCUCCUGCUUCACUGGAACUAAUUGUCCUUCUCUUGCUGGCAAACCCAAGGUGUUUAUCAUCCAGGCUUGCCAAGGCUCUCUAGGUCAUCCAUCUGUUACAGUAGAACCAGACUCUUCUGGACAUCUUGAGGUGGAUGCUACUCCUUCGACUUCCAUUCCUGAUAAGGCUGAUAUUCUGAUUGGCAUGGCUACAGUGGAGGACUAUUUGUCCUUCCGCAGUCGUAGGACUGGCAGUGUUUACAUUCAAUCCCUCUGUGAGAAGAUGAAGUUGCUUUGCCCACUCGGCGUGGAUUUCACAGCCAUCCUGACAGAAGUGAACAACGAAGUGGCAGGAAAAGAAUUAGAAGGAUGUAAGCAGAUGCCAAAGAUAACAUCAACACUACUGAAGCAACUGAUCUUUGAAAUUCCACAACGAAAAGUAGACAACUAAGAAUACAGUUGGUUAGGAAUGACAUCUGGAAUGGGCUUCGACAGGGAAGAGAAUUUACAUGAGAAAUUAUCUGGAUCUACGUAGUAGCCCCAGUCCUUUAAGGAGGCAUGGGACCUAAAUUUUCCAACUUCCAUAUUGAAUCAGUCUUCCCACAUCUGGAUCUGUAGCUGUCGGGUAAGGCUGUGGAAAACUACAGAUCAUCUGACUUUUUGUCCUGCAGAAGCAGUGGAGUAUGUUCAGUCUAGGCUUCAAGUGAGAAAGCACUUUCAAGUACUAUUGUAAGAGUUACUGAAAAUGUCAGUGAAGUCCCACUUGUGUCUGAGAUGUUUUAAGUCCCUGAAAUCUGAAAAAAAAAGAACAGAUUCAGAAUGUUGGAUCCAUUCCCAGGCAGCAUGUGUAAGGUGGUAACUGCCUUACCCAGAGGUGAAUAAUUGUCUGUCUUUGGAAGCUAUAACUGUUCAUGGAAAAUAACAUCCUGCUCCAGAAGGACCAAAGCCCCAUGAUUAUGUUAGUUUGGUUGUUUUCUUCUAAAUAUUUGGUUUGGUUUAUGUCAGUCACUUACUUGAAUAAGCAGCCCAGCUGUAUACGUUUUUCAAUAGUAAAGGUUCUUAGUUUGUUAUUUCUCAGAGCUCUCAGGGCACAGUGUCAUGAAUGACUGUGGAAUACUGGAAGGAAGCUCUGUAAUCUUGUUUCUGUAACAAUAAAUUCUCUUUGUUUUUAUAUCA